UCACAUCGGAGCUGGAUCUGAUUGGAUGGAUCGGGUGAUAAUGCUAGUGCUGGCCUCAAUAGACUGAACUCUGCGGUGCUUUUCACACACACACGAGGGUGCAUAACAACAUGGCGGCCACCUAUUCGUUACUUUCCAGCCACCCAAUGGAGUAUAUAACCUUUCAUCGGAGCUUUUUAUCUCGUGUGGUAUAACGUCCAGGCCGUUAUAUACUACUCAUAUUUCCUCCGAUUCCCUAAUAUAUCUGUCCCUGCCCUGUCAUUGUCCAUAUCCACUAUCAUUCCAUCGACAUGCCUGCCUCAGUUUCAGACCUGGUUGCAACCAUAAGGAGUUGUGUUGAGUGCGUCAACAAUAAGAGAUGGGACGGUCUGCUUCAGUAUAUACAUUCCACAUACAACCAGAACGGAUCGGAUUACACACAUGAGUCAUUGGUGACCCUUGUUAAGCACCACUUAGCCUCUGGGGAUAUCCACAUCAACGAGGACAGUCUCCUCGUCGACGAGAGAGCUCAAUGCGUUUCGUUUUCUAUUUGGACCAAACUGACGCCGGAGAAACCUUUCCUGGGCCAGCAACCUGUGCGCCGAGAAGUCUUGCUCAUAGGCCAUAGUUUCGUUUGGUUUACCGAGGGCAAGAUAUCAAAGUCGCUGUUCUUGACGAACAACGACGACAUGCGUAAACAGCUAGCCAGUCUCAAUAAUGACUACGCACCUGAUCUGAUCCGCAACUAUCCCGUCCCCGAGAUGGAGGCGCCGGUAUCUCGUGAAACAUUGGAAGAGGCGUACAGGGGAUACGUCGAUAUGGUCAACUCUCGCCGAACGGAGACGGACUACGCCAAGUAUGUUCACAAGCCAGAUCGGCUGCGCAACAACAAGGCCAUAGCGCGCCGCGUGGUGGAGGAUACUUUGGCAGCCAUGCCGGAUCUAUAUGUGGAGAUCCACACCAUAAUAGCCGACGAGGAGACGCAGCGGGUGGCAGUGUGGCUGGACUUCACCGGGACGCCAGUCAAGGACUUCGCCGGACUAGUGGCUGACGGCCGUGCCGUCCACUUCAACGAGCACGCUACUUAUCAGUUCGUGGACGGCAAAAUUCAGAAGAUAUGGGGUAUUAUGGACCUAGAUGAGGCUAGACAGCAGCAAAGAUCUUCCAGGUUCUAAAAACGUGGUGAUGGUGAUGGUUGGAUAAAGGCGUUCUGAGCAUCGUUUUCUGUCCUCUACUAAUAGUACCUAUAUUUGGUGUAUGUAUAUGUAUACUAAGCACAUACCGAUACUUUACACACCUACCUACAGCGAGGUAUAAUCUAUUAAUUCCCAAAAGCCAAAUAGGAAUGUUAUCAUCGUGAGGUCCAUAGAUUAUAUAAUGUGA